UGGCUGCUUGGCCUGCCGCGCGGUUAGCGUCUUAUAGAUAAGCUGCCACGCCAAGUGACGAGGGAGUGCUGCGUUCUGAACCAUGGCAGGUACGGCGUUGGCGUCUCGGGCGCGGCUCGGCGUUCGGGGAGUGAGGGCCAUGCAAACCCGAGGCUUCAGCUCGGACAAGGAUCAUGAGAGUUCCGCCGGCUCGAUCCGGGACGCCGGUGGGGCCUUUGGGAAGAGGGAGCAGGCUGAAGAGGAGCGAUUCUUCCGACAGAAGACUAAAGAACAACUGGAUGCCUUGAAGAAACAUCACGAAGAUGAGAUCUAUCAUCAUAAAAAGGCGAUUGAACAAAUGGAGAAAGAAAUUGAACGGCAUAAGCAGAAGAUCAAACAACUAAAACAUCAUGAGUAAAUGCACAUGUUCCCCAUAGAAUGGCAUCUGUCAUUGCCCACUUCUACAUAGGCAUAAUCUGGCAUAAUAUUUGGUCUGUAUGGUACCAACAGAUAAUAAAUUGUCAUCAGUGAA